AAUUUAGGCAAGGCAGUAAAAAAGGUCUACCACCAUUUUUGGCUUGGCUGGCCAUGGAAUUGUAAAUUAGUCCACCAUCCAUUGAUACAUACAGUUCAUUUCCAGCGAAUACAGCCGGAUUUCCCCUCUCUCCUCUCUCCUCCUUUCCUCUCCGUUUUUCACAAACCUCCAAGCUUCACUUCCUUCACUACCUCUGCCACCUGACGUUUACAGAAUAAUCACUGACUCAUCCGUGUCCAUCCUGUAACUGGAAGAUCAGAUUUGCGUUGGUAGGGAAGAGGAAUGGCGAGUCGAGUAAAGGAGGAUGCGAAAAACGAGAAAACUAUUCGGAAUCUGCUUAAGCUUUCCGAGAAUCGCAGAUGCAUUAACUGCAAUAGCUUGGGACCACAAUAUGUCUGUACAAAUUUCUGGACUUUUGUUUGCACAAACUGCAGUGGGAUACAUCGAGAGUUCACACACAGAGUAAAAUCAAUAUCAAUGGCCAAAUUUACAUCGCAAGAAGUUGCUUCUCUUCAAGGAGGUGGAAAUGCGCGUGCUAAGGAAGUUUACUUGAAGGAGCUGGAUUCACAGCGGAAUUCUUUUCCUGAUAGCAGCCAUGUUGAGAAGCUUCGAGACUUUAUCAGACACGUCUAUGUUGAUAGACGAUAUACUGGUGAGAGGAGUUUAGACAAACCACCAAGAGGAAAGAUGGGCGAACCAGAAGAUUCCUAUGCAAACAAGAGGAAUGAUGCAUAUCAUAGUGGAUCGAGAAGCCCUGCAUCUGAGGAUGGAUAUGAGCGUCGUUAUGGUGACAGGCCAAGCCCCGGUGGUAGAAGUGAUGACAGAAGUAGUUUGGACAGUAGGAGUCCAGGGUAUCUAGAAAGUCGACAAUAUGGUGAUAACAGGAAAAGCCCAGCCCAUACUGAGGUUGUGAAUGACUGGCGACGUGAAGAUAGAUUUGGGAAUGGUAGGAAAACAGAUGAUAGUAGAACUUUUGAUACAAGAUCACCUGACCUUCAAAAAGAUGGGAAUAUUUCUAGUCCCCCUAUGGCUCGUCCUGUCAGGGAGAUUUUGGGGGACAAUGUAUUGCCUCUUCGUAUUGAACCUCCUAAAGAUAAUGGUUCCUUUGUCACACAGAGGAGUGUUUCAUCAAGUAGCUUGGCAUCUUCUAAUGGAAAUCCAGCCGAAACUAAAAAUGAGAAUUUUGGAUCUCUCAUUGAUUUCGACGCUUUUGCUGAACCUAUUCCAGUAACCGCCACAACAACACAACAGACUCAGCAAGCUGUUCCAGACAAAUCCACUGAUCAGCUAGGUACUUUGUCCAAUGCUGACAACUGGGCUUGCUUUGACUCUGCCCCCACCACAAUACCUUCUGCUUCGUCGAAUGACAAUCCAUUGCUAUCUGUAUUUUCACAAUUUUCCUCUUCAACAUCCGUAGUAGCUCCCUCUGCUGUAGCACCUGGUAGCAAUAAUUUGAUGCCUGGAGGCGAUUUAUUUGCAUUACAAUCUAGUACUAAUCCACCAGUUGCACCUCCAGGGCAAAUGUUUGUCUCAAAUGACAGUAAUAAUGUUCAAGCUAUCUCUUCUGCAAACAACUUGAACAUGUCACCCCCUGCGAAUUAUCCAUCCUUUGGUUUGCCUGCCGCAGCUCCAGCAAACAACUUUGCUCAAUUUCCUUCUGCAACUGUUCCUGUGGCGGUUUCUGGGCCACCAUCGGGGUAUCCAUCAAAUGUGCCGACUUCCCAUGGCAUGCCUCAUGGUCAGCAUCCCUCCUUUCCUCCUAGCCAGUCAUUUGCUCCGUCUGUUGGUGGACCUCCAAAUAAUCAGCCAUGGAAUUCGUCCAUUGCUCCAACUUCUGUUGCUUCUUCCAAUGUUUCACCUGUCCCUACUGGCCAAUCUGGCUUUUUACCUUUCUCGGAGGCAGUCCAUGCUGGUGCAGCUCAGCCUUCUUCUACAGCGGAACCCAAAUCUGCCUCACGAAAAGAAUUGCCCCAGGAUAUAUUUGCCUCAACUUAUCCAUCUUAUGGAGGAAUGCCAGGUUGGCAAACUGCUCCUCUCCCUGGAUAUGGACUCCAAAUGCAAUAUAAUAAUCCUGCAAUGCAAAUGCCCCAUCCACAUCUACAGUCAUCAAAAUCCAGCAAUCCAUUUGAUCUCAAUGAUGAAAUGCCUCCUCCGGCUCAGGUUUCAUCGAACCAGUUUCCUUCCAUGGGAUCUAUGCAAGACGCCUUACCAAUGUGGGGUUCCCAGUCAUCAUCUUAUUCAUCUGGUGUACCUCAAGCACAACAACCAUUUAUGCCUCCUCCCAAUUCAUUAAUGACGCAGUCGGUUCCUAAUAACAACAUACCCAUAAGUAGUAGGCCUCCUCCUCCUCAAGGUGUAAUGGACUUUUUUGGCGCGGAAUUUGCAACCUCGAAUCCUCCUCCUGGCCACGAUCAUCAUCAUCAACAACAAAUGGUGGGGGGUGGAAUAUAUUCAGCAGGACCAGUUGCAGCGGCGAAUACUUUUCCUUCCAUGGGAGGGAACCCCUUUGGAUAAAAAAAAGUACAUCUUUAUUGUUUUUUGUAUUUUGGAGUGGGCAAAAUUUUGUAUCUCUUGAUUAUAUUAUUGCAGAUUGGUUAAAAAAAAAAAGCCUUAUUUAUUCCUCAAGUAGAAGAGGAAUGUUUGAGAAAGAGGAGGAAUGAAAUGCUGCUGCUUGAAACCACUACCACCAUCACCUCAAAUUGGUAUCUGUCAGCUUUAUUCUAUCCGAUUGUAAAAUUUUUAAAAAAGGCAAAAUUCCUUUUUAUUAUUUAUUAUUAUUAUUAUUGACUGAGGUGAAGAAUUUGUUGUAAGAUAUUUGUGAUUGUAAAGAAUGAUUGAUAUGUAGUUAAUACCAUUUUGGUAUUAUUUAAUGUUUUUUUGUUUACAUUAUUGA